AUGUCUAAUAUACCCACAACAGUCAAUGCCUCCGGGAUUAGCAGCUGCAAAUUAUCCAGCAACACUAUUGCAACUAGUCUACAUGUCGACGCCGAAUUAAUAGCCGUCACUUUAAAUAAUGGCUCGAUUCAUUUAUUCCAACCAAAUGGCAAGCACAUAACAGAGCUUAAAGCUGAGAAGCCUGUAUGUCUAUGGUCACUUGCUGUGAAGGAUACGGUGCUUAUUGCAGGUGGCAUUGAUGGGAAUCUUCAAGUAUGGGAUUUAGCGAGGAGAAAGUUCGUUCGUUCAUUGAAAGGACACACCGACACAAUCCGCUCCAUCCACAUCCCAGAUCCUUUAUCUACCGCAAUUUCGGGCUCAAAAGACGGCAGAAUCAUCAUAUGGGAUCUGAAACUCGGAAAACAUACUGCUAUCUUGAAACAUGAAUCACAGGAUGCGAUUCGAACCAUUGCUCUGAAGCACGAUGCCGCCUUCGCUGGCACAUACGCCGGAAAACUCAUACGAUGGGAUUUAUCCACGCGUCAAUGUCGAAGCGUCCUAAACGCCCAUGACGGCGUUGUAUAUGCGAUUGUGGUUGGGGAUGAGGAGGUAUUUACUGCGGGUUCUGAUGGGUCUAUUGUGUCAUGGGAUUUGGAGACGAGUACCCAGAAUAAAAGAGUUAAUGCUCAUAACGGACCGAUAUCAAUACUUAGACCAACUGAUAGAGGUCUCAUUUCAACGGGCUUUAACGGUGUAAUCACGUCUUGGUCUCAUGAUUUAACUAAGCUGUGGAGUGUAAAAGCACACACAGGAUCGGUGACGUGUUUAUCGUUUAAUAGUCAAAUUGUUAUUACGGGUGGAGUUGAUGGAAAAGUUAAAGUCCUGGAUUUGAAGGAGGGUGAGAGCAGAGAUGAUGUGUUGGAGGGUGUUGAGUCUGUGUGGAAAGUUGCUGUUUUCGGUGAUAGGGUGAUGGUGGUUGGGCGGGAGGGAGGGGAUGCGACGGUUUGGACGGUUCCGCUUCGUAGUUUGAAGUAG